AUGACGGAUCCCAAUCCGCAAGGCGGACACCUCGAACACCGCUCUUUGCGGGACUGGCUUGCGGGCUUCUUCCGAGCACCUCUGUCAAACAGCUCUGCAGAUCCUCCGCCUGAACGGAUUCCCGAGACUUUAGAACCGAACGAUAGAACUCGCUUGUUGAAAUUGGACGAUGGUCAAGGAGGUCCCGCAUACGGUACGAGAGAUGGUUUAUCGACGCCGCAGGUUGACGGUGGCCCUGAAGGACAUAUUCGGAAUGGGAACGGAAAUCCAACAUUUGUACAAGGACCGGAGAACCUGCCUCCCAGGACUGGGUCAGGUCUGGCAUGGCCUGUGAAGAACCACAAGACGAUGUACCUCUCAUACUACAUCCCGUUCUUCAACUGGAUCACACAAUAUCGCUGGUCCUUUCUUCGAGGCGACUUGAUCGCAGCCUUGACAAUCGCAUCAAUCUAUAUUCCCAUGGCACUAUCUUUGGCUUCGAACCUCGCCCACGCGCCAGCAAUCAACGGCCUGUACUCAUUCGUUUUUAUGCCACUGCUCUAUGCAAUCCUGGGAAGCAGUCCUCUGCUCGUUGUUGGUCCGGAAGCAGCUGGGUCACUAUUGACGGGAACAAUUGUCAAAACUAGCGUUAAACAAGGCCACUCGCAGGAGGACGAUGAGGCCGCAAGCGCAAUGGUCGUAGGCAUAGCCACUGCCAUGGCAGGGGCCAUGAUACUAGUCGCUGGACUGACCAGGCUGGGUUUCCUGGAUAAUGUACUCAGUCGACCUUUUCUGAGAGGUUUUAUCACUGCCAUUGGCUUUGUCAUCUUUGUUGACCAGCUCAUCCCGGAAGUUGGAUUGGCAGAUUUGGCCAAAGAGGCCGGUGUCAGCCAUGGCAGCACAGUGCAGAAGCUUGUCUUCUUCGCUCAGAAUAUCAAGAACUGUCAUGGUCUUACAGCUGCUGUAUCCUUCGGUAGCUUUGCAAUUAUCAUGCUUUUUCGGACGAUCAAAAAAGGACUCGAACCACGAUACCCUCAGGUCGUCUACUUCCCUGACCGUAUCCUUGUUGUGAUCCUCUCGGCCAUUCUGACCUGGCGUCUUGGAUGGUACGAGCAGGGGCUGGAAGUUCUAGGCUCGGUCCAGAACACUGCCACUGGGCUCUUCGCAUUCAGGUGGCCCUUCCAACUCAAACAUUUGAAGCACGUACGCACCGCUAUGAGCACCUCCUUCAUCAUUGCUAUUCUUGGCUUCUUCGAGUCCUCCGUUGCUGCCAAGGGCCUCGGGGAGAGACGAGACGGUGUCCAAGGCAUGUCUGUCAGUGCGAACAGGGAGAUGGUUGCUCUAGGCGUUGCUAAUGUGGUUGGGGGCUGCUUUAUGGCUCUCCCUGCCUUUGGCGGAUACGGACGGAGCAAAGUCAACGCUUCUACGGGAGCACGCUCCCCUAUGAGCAGUAUCUUCCUCAGUAUUAUCACCUUCAUUGUUAUUAUGGUGCUCUUGCCAUAUUUAUAUUAUCUUCCUAAAGCGGUACUAUGCUCUACGAUAUCGGUUGUCGCAUACAGUCUUAUAGAGGAAUGCCCCCACGACGUCGCCUUCUUCAUCCGGCUGCGUGGUUGGACAGAGCUUGCAUUGAUGCUUCUCAUCUUCGUCUCCACUAUAUUCUACUCGCUGGAGCUGGGUAUCGCGCUUGGCAUUGGGCUCUCAAUUCUGAUCCUGAUCCGUCACUCGACCCAGCCUCGCAUCCAGAUUCUCGGAAAAAUAGCUGGGACAUCCGACCAAUACGACAACGCCGAAAUGCACUCAGAGAAUGUGGAGCUCAUUGACGGCGCCCUUGUUGUUAAGAUUCCCGAGCCGCUCACCUUCGCCAACACUGGCGAUCUCAAGAAUCGCUUGCGCCGUCUAGAGUUCUAUGGCUCCAAUCGCGCACAUCCGUCCCUCCCACGAUUGCGGCCCCCGGAGUCGAAUAAGAACGUCAUCUUUGACGUUCACGGUGUCACAAGCAUCGAUGGCUCCGGUACGCAGGUCCUCUCCGAGAUUGUGAAUGAUUACAUCAAUCUCGGAGUCAGUGUCUAUUUCUGUCGCCUUUCGAAUCGCAGCGUUUUCCGCAUGUUCGAAAGAAGCGGCAUCGUCGACCGAUGCGGAGGCAUGUCUCAUUUUGUCCCUGGAGUCGACGAGGCGCUUCGGCUCGCUGAAUCCGAAGGCCGUGCCUCGGAACCUUGA